CCCCCCCGGACGUGGCGGCCGCCCGCAGCUGCCCAGGAGGCAGAAUCGGCACCUCGGCAAAUGCGCGCGGUUCCCAGGCCGCCGACCCCGGCUCCUCUCACACCUCGCGGCCCGGCGGGGAGCCGCUCGCACCUCGGCCGCUCGGGGAUAAAAGCGCCGCCGCCGCCGCCGCCGCCGCCGCCGCCAUGGCCCGCUCGCCGCCGCCGCCCGGCCUCCCGCGCCUCCCGGGCCCCGACCCCUGGCUCCUCCCGCACGGCUGGGGCUGGGCCGGGCCGGCGGGCUCCCCCGACUCCACGUCGCCCGCCUCGUCCUCCGGCUCCUCGGGCUCGUGGCCCUGCGACGCCGCCCGGCCGCCGCCGCCGCCCCCCGCCGGCCCCGCCGGCCCCGCCGCCCCGCCGCCCCGAGCGCGCGCAGCCCCGACGGCCGGACAGCGGCAGAGCGCGAGCGAGCGCGAGAAGCUGCGCAUGCGCACCCUGGCCCGCGCGCUGCACGAGCUGCGCCGCUUCCUGCCGCCGUCGGUGGCGCCGGCCGGCCAGAGCCUGACCAAGAUCGAGACGCUGCGCCUGGCCAUCCGCUACAUCGGCCACCUGUCGGCCGUGCUGGGGCUGGGCGACGACGGCCUGCAACGCCGGUGCCGGCGCCUCUCGCGGGGCUGUCCGCUCUGCCCCGCCGCCGCCCCCGCCGCCCCCGCCGCCCCCGCCGCCUGGGGGUCGCCGCGCGCCGAGAGUCGGGGGCGCCGGGUCCCCGACGCGGGUCCCUGGGCGACGCCCCCGUACGGCCCCGGGCCGCGGGCCUCCCCAGGAACCCGGAGCCAGGUGGUGCCCUGGACGCCGCCGCCGCCCGCCCGCCCCGGCCCCGACCCCGGCCCCGGCCCCGGCCCCGGGGCGCAGACCCCUCCCUGGACGCCGCCGCCCGCGCCCCCCGAGCUGACGGCGCUGUACCAGGGAGUCUCCAUGUCCCCAGAGUCCUGUCUGUCGCCACAAACGCCACCCUUGCUGCCCAGGCCUGCCUGCCAGAGACUCGAGGCCCAGCCCCAGUGGACGUGCUGGGCCCCCAGUGCCGGGGUGCUCCUCAGCUCAGGAGACCAGGGCCCCGGCCCUGCCUUCCCGCUCGGUGACCACAGCCCCCCCCAGAGCUCAGGCCUGCAGCUCAGUGGUGGCCCCCAACUUUGGCCAGAAGACCUGGAAGAGACCCACCUAGGACUCUUCUACUGACCACCUCAGCCGCCCCUCUGCAGCAGGAGAGGACAGUGCCGGGCGCCCACGGCAGCUCCUGGUUAAGGGGUGCCCAGUGGAUCUGGAGCCUCGGAUGACCCCUCUCCCCAGCGCCACCUUUCAUGGAAGGGGUGUCGGGCGCAGACACUGGCAGACACAGGAAGCCCUGGCUGGUGUGGCGACUAGGGCAGUGCCCUCCUCUCCUGAACGCCCCUAGAACACCCUCUGCCCAGCCUGGGCUACAGGAAGACCUGGGUGCUGGACCACAAAGGAGAAUUGGGAGUCGGAGGGGAGUGGGGAGCGGGCCAGGCAGCAGUGAGGCCAGGCCCCAGCCUCUGCUGCCUAAGUCACAGCUGGCCAGGAGCAUGUAUUCUUUUUUUUUCUUUUCUAUUUUUAUUGUGCAAAAAUAGUUAGAAACAGAGAUGUGUGGGCUAGUCAUAGUCCUACUUAAUGAGUUUCAUUACUUUCUUUCAAGGAGCCUGUAUUCUUAUUUUGUACAAAAAAAAAGUGA